AACCAUGUGUUAAGUGCUAUAUGAUACGGACAAAUUGAAUUAUUUUCAUGCUCUCCAAAUCUUAUUACGUGCAAGUCUUAUUUCUGAAGGCAUUGAGGCAAGUUAGGGUCUACGGAUGCAUGAGUGAUAGUUAAGCUGAGGUUGAAGUGAUUAGGCCUACAUACAUCGUCUGAAGGAAGUUAGGCCAGGAAGGAAGUUGUUAUAUCAUGGUUGUAUAUUAGCAGAUGUAUUUUCAAACUCUUCUUGGUGUAAUAAUGCUUAUCUGUAGUGUACUAAAGCUUCUGUAGGGUCCCAGGGUGCAGUGAAGCAGUUAAGGAGUUAAGACUUGUGGUGGACUGCGAGUAACAACCCAGGCAUAACACAGCUUGAUACAAUUACAAACCCUACUGGGUUUUGGUAUGCAAAUUAGGUGACAGUUGGUGGUAAACUGUGGUCAGAGUGAGCAGAAACAAAGGGAUCUUUAACAGGCACAUUCAGUUUCGGAUUUUCAGAUUGCAAACAACUCUUUGAUGUUGGAAUCUUUUCCUAUUAGGAUGUUAUAUUUAGGAUGGUGUUGCAAAUAUGUUUGAUACGCCUCCAGGCUGGUUAUUACAAGUUGUAGAGCAAAGGAAAUCUUCUAAGAUAAGUGAUAAUAAAAGCUCUCAUUGAUAUUCUGAAUAAACAAUAGAACUUAAAAGUGAAUGCUUGAGGAAGUUUGUCAAUAGCAAGUUUCUGUAAAAGCCUUCUAAUCAAGGAAAUAAACAAAACAUUGUUAAUGUAUGUGGAUAAUUUGAAUUCAGUUAUAAUUUGGAGAUGAUACAGUGAGGACCUAGCGUAAAGGACUUAGAACAUUCCAGUGAGAUAUUAAGUAAAUUUCACGAAAGCAUGAUGAUUAGCGGUGGUUUAGCGAUGUCCCAGAUGCAAACGCCGAUCCAUGCGACAGCGCAGUACUCAACUCCAAUGCAUGCUACCGUCCAAUCGCAGAUUAGUCCAUCACAACUGGUUUAUUGCGCAUCUUAUCCACAGAAUGGAACAAUAUUACAAAUGGCUGGUAAACAACAAACGGCAAUGCACCACAUGCCGAUGGCCGGCCAGCCUCAGCUUGCUGCAGCCUACCAAGCACAGGCAUUCCCACCACAGAACGGCUUAGAAGCCUACCAGCAACCGCAAGUGCAGACACCCUACGUUCCCACAUCUGUAGCCCAGGCCCAAUCUGACCAGGCUGCAAGCUAUGUACAGCCACCUCAGACACAAGACGGAGUUUCCGUAGCGGGCUUCACCCAAGGCACAGCACCUGAUGGCACAACCUUUGUACAAACACAGCCUACCGGCACCGAACAAACGUCUCAACCGGGAUUAUCAAUACCAAUAACUAAUAGUGAUGGUAGUGUACAGACGUCCCAAGCCCAGCCAGUCACGGAGGCAGGGCAAGCAACACAAGCCAUUCCAGGAACAAAACCUGGAGAAAUCCCUAAACGUUUACAUGUCUCAAAUAUCCCCUUCAGAUUUCGAGAUCCAGAUUUACGGCAAAUGUUUGGGGUGUUUGGUGCCAUAUUAGAUGUAGAGAUUAUCUUCAACGAACGAGGAUCUAAGGGAUUCGGUUUUGUAACUUUCCAAAAUAGUUCGGACGCCGAGAGGGCACGAGAGAAAUUGAACGGAACUAUAGUUGAGGGGCGAAAGAUUGAGGUUAACAAUGCUACAGCACGGGUAAUGACGAACAAGAAUAAACCAACACCAAACGCAGGUGUUUUAAGGGCUCCAGUGAUCGCUACUGGGCGAGGGCGUGCAAUCCGAGGUGCUUACACCGCAUACAGAUUAGCUCCACCACCACCAGUACCAGGCUACGCAACGGCCGCAAUAUACCCGGAAGCGUUCUACACGGCCGCAGCAGCGGACAGGUACCAGGUAAGCCAAAGCGCAGCAGCAGCAACAGCAUAUGGAGGUUACAUAAGUCGUUACGCUGCACCAGCAGCGGCCUACGCAAUUCCGUAUGCCAGGGAAUAUGCUGAUCCAUAUCAUCACACAAUCGGCCCAGCAGCCGCUGCGUACGGGGUAAGAUACCCCUCUAUUGCACGGGCUAGCGUGUAUAGAGGAGGUUACGCACGUUAUACUCCUUAUUAAGUGUGUCGUCUAUGGUUCUAACAGUUCAUCGGUUCCUUGCUAGCCCGCCGUUCAGUGCCCAUGGUAAUGUGCGUGCUACACAAGGGACGGGGUCAAAUCUCAAACCUGGUUCCAGCAACAUCCUAGACGUUCGUUUCUCCAUCCUCACAGAUAUUCUGGGUGUACUUGUGUCUAUGUGCUGUCGAAGGUUCAAUGUUGUGUCCUUCCUAGCAAACUGUCUUUUCUCUUGUGUGCUUUAUGUCAUGCAAAGUUGUAUGUAUCAGAACGGAUGGUGUCCGUAACAACUCCUCUUGUCUGGAUGGCGCCAUCUGAAAAUUGAUGGUCACUGAAGUAAACAAUCUAACUAUGUUAAUGAAGAAAUUUGUAACUUGUUGAUGAAUACGGUGCAGACAUUUAAUUGACAACAGUAACAGGGAACCUCUUUUUGAGUACAAACCAAUCGAUGUUAUCUUUUAUAAGUCUAUAUUGUGUAAUUUGAUUUAUUUAUUUUUUAACUGGACCCCGACUCCUUUAAGUGCAACGUAGAAUAACUGUUGUUGUUACUUUUAAUUAAGCGCAAUAUUUCUUCGUCAACUCUGUAAUCUGAAAUUUGGAAUGGUUGGUACUUAUAGAAGUUGGAGUAUGAAAACAAAACCAGAUCUAGAUGUUAUUGGAAGAUAAUUACCAUGGCAACUGACUAGUAGCAAGCUUGUGGUCUACAGAAUCAGGAUAUUCAAUGUGGUGCUAUAAAAAAAAAAAACUCCUAAGUCUACCAUUUGAGAGAAAUAUAUUGCAGGAGAGAGUGAGAAUUACUUUGAUUUUAGUAAAAAAAAAAAACCUUUGACAAUGGUUGGUUGAUAAGCCAAUGCUGGAGAUAACACUGUACAGAAGUCAAGUCUUGGGAUACAAAUAAAAAAAAAACUGAUAAAAGUUGCUUCUUGUUUUUACCUGUUAUUACUAAAAAUACAGAAUUCAACCUUAAACAACGGGCUGGGGGGGGGGAUUUGAUAUUAUAAUUUAUUACGCACAAAUAAUUAGCUAAUUUGAAUUAAUCUUAAAAGCUUUAGAGCAAGAACUGUGUGGACGUAUUGCAGUAUUAUUAACUUGAUACUGCCUGUGACUAAAUAUCUUUUGGUAGUUACAGUAUUUUUCAAGAUUUUGGACAGUGUUUUCUCCAGGUUUUUAAAAUUUUAAGAUUAUUAAUGGAAUUAUUUAGUAUUUUAAGGUGUACGGUAGAUAAGGCUUAAUUCAAAUGUAUAGUUUAACGAAUGUACUGCACAUUCAUGUAUUCUUAAAAACAUUGUGCUGUACUAUAAUAGAUAACAUAAUAGAUGCUGAUUUUAUCUGAAACUGUAAGUGAAACAGUUUCAUUUUCUGAUUUUAUUAAGCACUCUAUCUGAGGUGUAUUAGUCUGUGUCAUAGAGAUUUGAUAAGAAUAUUCCUAAACUUUAUCUAUUUAUUUGUAUGUCUCUUGUUUGUCGUGAGGCAAACCUGUUCAAAAUCUGUACUUCUAGUGAAUUUUAGAACUGCAUUUCAAACCCGAAGUUGAGAAUUGUUUUCAACAUGUUUCAUCUCGAUGCCUUUGAUGUUUUGAAUCGGAUUCAAAUUAUAUUUAUUGUAAUAUAAAUUUAGGAAAUAGAAAGAUAAUAAUCUGUAGCUACAAAAAAUAUUUUAGCGGAAAAAAAGGGAAAAAAAUUGUGCAAUGUUUUUGCAUGAUGUAUCCCUGUACAGUACAUUAAUAGUGUUUUAGGCUUUUUCGUAUUUUGGGCCAAAUUAAUUUGUUUAUGUUCUUCUGCUGCGCUUUUUGCCAUUGCUUUGUUUACUAGUUUUAGUAAAGUAAUAGGGAAGUAUUGCGACCUUAUAAGAACAACAACAUGUACUAUUUUACUAACAAUUUUAGAGAUUUUUAAGCUGAUCCCCAUUAAAAUUUGUUAAGCGAAUCCCCAAAUAUCUGUCACAGCAUUAUUUUCUGUUUUUAAAAUUCAUCAGUCUUAUUUGUAGUUAGAAAAACAGAUGUUUUAGUAAACGGUUUUACCAACUCAAGAUUCGGCAAAAGUAAAUCUUUGACAUAUAAAAAUAUAUGAUAAUAAAGUGUCCCAAAUGUUACCCAAACUUACAUAAUCAAUCUUGCUAUAAAAAAAGAGAAAUCCAAAUUUUAACUAAAACAGUUUGUGUAUUCUAUUUUGUAAGUACGAUUAACAAGAAUGACGAUGUGACGUAUUUUGUUAUCGUUCUCAAAAAGGUUGCGUACAUCGCAGCUGGAUCUUUUAAAAAUUUAAUAGGUGCUUCAAAUAUCAAAUUCGGGUUUAGAUGUCAUUUGGAAUUUAAGUUAUUAACGGAUAUUUUAGUGGUUGUUGCUUAGUUUUAUAAAGGUAAUAUGUACUGUUGGGCUAAAAUAAUAUAGAUUUUAAAUGAAUAAAAAUAAUUGUGGAAUUAGAACUAAUGAAAUAUAAUAUGUGCAUACAUUUAAUGAUCCUAAUACCGUACACGAAUUGUACAUAAGCCUGACAUUUCUAUCAUAUGUGUAUAAUAUAAUAGUUUUUUUUUUUCACCAGCAAAAUUUCCUAGUAAUUAUAUCAUUAAGGUAAAUACAUAAUGUACUAUUUUUAAAACCUUGGUGAUGCUUUAGUAUAGGCUGUCGAAUCAUGGUAACAAUUUUAUUUAGUUAAGAAAAAGUUAGCAACUCCUGAUGUGACAAUCAAAAUUAACAACAACAAUCUAUUUUAAAGAGUAAUGAUUAGUGUUACUCAUUUUUUUUAAAGGAUUGUAUUCAGGAAAGAGGGUGAAUUAUCUCAACUCAACUCAGCCGUCUUUAGUAGAUUUUUUUUUUUAGAAACAUGUUCUUUUAGGUAUAGGCGAUAGUGUGUGCUAUGUAUAUAUUAUAUACACAAGGUGUUUCACUGCAAUUUCUGUUUUUAUUUGCCCAAGUGUGCUUCAAAUAUAUUGUGUCUAAUUUGUAGGCAAUGUUUGAUUGCUGUCGGGAGAGGGUCGCGUGUCAAUCUUACUUCUUAGGGUUCGCCAAAUUAUUUUGUAUUUAACUCUUGACUUUUUAUGUGCUAAUCAAACCAGGGUAGAGUGUUUUUGUUCUCAAAAAGCUCCGAUAGUGUGCUCAGUGGUCACAAGUAAAAGAAGGGAAGAGAUGCAGUCAAAUAAAAAGUUUUUUAAAAAGUAAAGUGUGCUUAUAAAUUCAGAUUGUUCUUUAAAUAUGAUUUUUUUUAAAUUAAAUGAAAUACAAUAUUGUUCAAAUUUUUGUUUUCCUGUUGUCCAGCAUCCAAGUUGGCUUAUCAUUUAUUAUGUUCAAUUGUUUACAUCAUAUAUUUAUUGGCUAAUAUGAUGAAAUUGAAUGCUUUGUUAGUUAUGUUGAAACAACUACUUUAUGUAAUAUUGCCUUUGAUAUUGUAUAUGGUUUAGUUUAUAUUAUCUUUUUGUGUUGGUCACAUUGCCUGCACGUUUACGUUUAGCGUAUACGUAAUGACUUGUGAUAGAAAAAACCCUUUGGAAUUCACCUGAUUAGAAAUUGAAAUUAUUGUCUUGAUGCAUUACUGUAAUAUAAAGUUAUGUUUGUUAAAGUUUUCAAUUAGUCCACAUUUUUGGCGAUAUUUCUUCCAACUGUUUUUAAGCACUGUUUCUAAACCUCAUCUUUGAAAUUAUGUAUUUUAUUUAUACAGUUUAUAGAUAGUUUUAAAUAUGGUUUUUAGUAAGGUUUUAUCAACUCAUGUUUUUUUUUUAUUAAUUUACAUUGUUAAAAACGUUAUAGCGACAAGCUAUAAUUGUUUGAUUUCUCUCACACAUGAUCACAUGAUGAUCAUAUGAGUGUGGGAUUUGUUUUCCUUUGUAAUAUUAUCUUUGUGCGUAUCUAAACCAGUAUUCAUUCAUGUAUUGUGUAUUAUAGUGAAGGGCGUGGGCUCUCGUUCCCGCCUUAUACCUACGUUCUUUGUAGAUCCAUUAAAUCUGUGCUUCUUGCAUUAAAUGCAUUAAACACGUACAACUGGAA